AUGGAAGAAAGUAAAAUAAAUUUAAAAACUGGUGAUUUGGUAACAUUUUUUUCAGAGCAAGAAGAAGAAGAUGGGUAUUUUUGCAAAGAGCACGACAAUGCAAUAUUAAGUUCAAAUAAAUCCAAAGACUGUGUUUUCAAAAUUUAUCCUUUCACACAAUAUACAGCAAGAAAAGCUUUAAAAAAGAAAGCCAAAAAGAAAUUACAGCAACAACAGCAACAGCAACAAUCCAAUAACGAUUUAAAAGAUAAUAAUAUAUUUAAGCAAGAUAAACAGGAUAAACAGGAUAAAGAUAAUAAUAAUAAUACAGAGAUAUCCGAUUUAGAAUUAAAGCAAUUAGAAGAGUAUCAAGAUUUAGAAGAUGUAAAUAAUGAAUCAACGUUGAUUCAAUUAGAAGGUCGUGAUUUAGUUUAUGGCCAAAUAAUUCAAUUACAUCAACCAUCAACCAAUCAAUUUUUAUUUGCAAAAGGUGAAAAGAAAUCCCAAUCGACUCAAAUUGUAGGUUUUCGUCAAGAUGGUGAUCAAAAAUGUUAUUUUAAAAUUACACCAAGGUUUCAAAAUCUCGAUGGUUCAAAGGUAUACAGUGACGAUUUAGUAUUAUUAAGACAUGAAAAAACUGGUUUAUUUUUAAAGGAAACAAAUUCAUCUUCAAAUGGCCAGGGUGUGGAUAUUGGGUUAUCAGAGACUGGUACUUAUUGGAAAAUGUCGAUAUCUGAUGUAGAAGGUAAAUCUGGUUUGAACACUUUAAAGCAAAAUGUGCCAUUUCGUUUAUUCCACAGAGAGGGUGGCUUUGUCAAGGUCAGCAAUAACGAUAAUACAACAUUCUCUUACAACACAAAAACCCCAUCCUCUAUAAACUCAUUGUUCGAACUCGAAUUUGAAAACUUAAAUUUAAAUUCACCAAUAAUAAGAAAUCAAACCAGUAAAGAUAAACAAGAUAAACAAAAGGAUAAAGAUAAAGACAGAGAUAAGCAAAAAGAUAAGGAAAAAGAAAAGCAACAGCAAAUAUUACAGCAACAACAACAACAAUAUUUAACAUCAAACGAAGUACAUUUUAAUCAAAAUUUUUGGAUUAGGUUAGUUGGUACUAGAAAAUAUUUAUCAUUAUCAGAGGUUAUUGAGGAUCAUAAAGAAUCACCAUUAAUAGUUGUGCCCGAGGAUCAAAAAUAUUCACCAAAUUCAACUUUUUGUUUUAUUCCCAGAGAUAAAUCUUCAACUACAAACGAUGAUAUUUUAUUUGGUUCUUUUGUUAGAAUUCAAUCACAAAGCAAACUAUUUUUACAUUUUAUUUCAGAUGAAACUUUUCAUCACAAUGGAGAGUUGGUAGGAAGUAAAAAAUAUUAUAAAAAUGAUGAUUUUCAAAUUAAGCAGAUACCUAAAUCACAAUUAGAUGAUUAUAAUUUCGUACAGAGUAGAAUUUUCAAGAUUCAAAAUUAUUUAAUAAACACAAAUUCAUCAAACUCAUUAAAUUCAUCAACUAGUUCAACAGGUGCACUUUUAAAUUUAUCAUCAACAAGUGCUUUUUCAAAUCCAAAUCCUAAUGGUGGGUCCAUGGUAAUGAAUACAAAUAUGCCACAGCUAAUAUCGACUGCAACAGGUUUACCAAUUAUUCAAAAAAAGAUUACAAUUCAAGAAAUUAAAGUUAUAAUUGUUGAAUUUAUAAAGUUUUGUACACAGUCAGAGAUUGAGGAUCCAUUGGAUAGGGAGGGUACUCCAAUAAAGACUCAUCAAAAGUUACUAUCACAUCCAUCACAUUUUUUGGUCAUUUUAGAAUAUUUAAAACGUCUAUUUGAACCAUGGGAUGCCGCAUCGAUACUCUUUGUUUAUCGUUUAUUAAAACAAAUGGCAAAAUCAAAUGUCAAGAAUAGUAUUAUAAUCAAUGGCUAUUUGGACCAAAUUUCUCCACCUUCAAUACGUGAAAAGACCAUACCUUUGCAUUUUGGCGCUAUUCUUUACGAAGUAUAUAAAAAUAAUAAUAUUUUAUUGGAGGCUUUAACAGAGAAUAAGGUAUUGGAGUUUAUAGAAGUCAUCAAGGUAAAGAAAGAGCCAAAGUAUAUGGAGCUAUUAAGUGAAAUAUGUACAUGCUUUGGAAAACCUAUAGUAAAGAACCAGCAAUAUCUCUGUGAUAUUUUAUUAGAAAAAAAUUCUUCACUCCUCUUUAAUACUAGAGUGGUUGGUGCCAAUUUAGAGAUAGAAAAAGCUAAUGGUAAAUGGACCGAUAUUUCUUCGUUUGCUUUGUCAGUAGAUGAAAAGACCCAUAGAUUUUUUGAACAAACUUUAUCAUUAUAUGCAAAUGUUUCAAAAGGUAGAAAUUACAAUGGUAUCAGAUUAGUAGGUCAAAGAACUUCACACAAAGAGUGCUUAAUAGCAUUGAAAGAAGAGUCAUUGCCAUAUAGUUUAAGAGGUUGUUAUAUCAAUAUUUUAAUUCAUGUAUAUAUGGAUUGCCACCCUCAAAUCUAUGUACCACAAAUUAAUUAUAUUUGGCACCCAACAAUAUUCCAAAAAGAAAGAAUUUCUCAUUAUUUACAAUUAUAUCAACAACAGCAACAACAACAACAACAAAAUUUUAAUAAUAUAAUUUUAAACAAUAAUCCAGGUGGUACAGUUUCUCAAAGUUUUAUGCCAAAUAUAACACCAAGUUACAACAAUACUCCAACAAGUUUUAAUAUUGGCACUAAUAAUAACGUUAAUAAUAAUAAUAAUAAUAAUAAUAAUGGUGGUAAUCUAUUGCAACAAUCUACCGUUGCAACUAAUAACAACAAUAAUAACAAUAAUCAAAAUUUAAAUCAAUCAACUGCUUUAAAUUCUUUAAUAACAUCACAAACAAAUAUUAAUCAACAAAGUAAUAAUACAAAUAAUAAUACUAAUACAAAUAAUAAUGGUACAAAUAAUUCACAAGGUUCAAAUUUAUUAUUGCAAACUCAUUCAAGUAAUAAUAUUCAAACUACAAACUCAUUGUCAAUUUUUAGAGAGGAUGAAAUCUUUAGCACUUUUUCAAAUGAAAUACCUCAAGAUAUUAAAGAGCCAUCGACAACCACCCAAUUAUUAAUUAAUUUAUUAUCAAAAUCUGAAUAUUUUUCAAACAUUAAUAAUACUUUCCCAACUUCAUAUAGACCACAAUUAUCAUUUUUCCAUAAAAUUUUAAUUGCUGUUGGAUAUGCUUUCAAAUUUGGGUUUUUUAAAAAUAAAGAGAAAUUAUUAUUAAAAAGAUUAAUUUAUAUUCUAAAUUUCGAACAUGAACCAAGCCAAUCAAAUUAUAAAGAAAUCGAUUUGGGUAGAACUAUGGGUGGAUCAAGAAUGUUAGAAGAUGACUCAAUUAUUUUUGUAAAUAUAAAGAUUGAAAUUCUAAAUAUUCUCCAUUUAAUGUUAAGUCUUCAAAAAAAGAAUAUUAUGGAUGUAUUCCUUUUCGAUUUUUCAAAUAUGAAAAAAAAAAUCGAUCAACCAGACUUAGUUAAAGAUUUAUUAACAGAAAAGUUAAAGAACAACUAUCAACGUGAUGCUCAUCAAGAUCUCAAAUUGUGUAAUGACCUAUUGAAGCUUUUAAAACACGAAAAUAAUCAUCUCUCAAGCUUAUCUUUAAAUUUAUUAAAUAGAAUUUAUAAAUACCGAUCUAUUUACUCGAUGUUAUGGGGUCCAAUCCAAAAGAUUUUUAUUUUAUCAGAUGAUUUAACUGUUGAUUAUGAAGAAUCACUUCAGAGUUUGAAAAAGUUAACAGAAACUUGUUUUGUUCCAUUAUUGGAUGACAUAAAAACCAAAGACUGUUUAAAAUCAUUAUCUUAUUUCAUCAAUCUAUGUUCCGAUAAUAAUGACCCUUCAAGGGUAUUAAAAAAUCAAAAAUUAUUAAAAAAUUUAAAUACUCAUAAAACAAUUACUUCAGUUUUAAAAAUUGGUUGUUCAUUGGAUGAUUUAGUAUCUGAGCAAAAGACAUCAACAAUAUCUACUUCUACUACAAAUAAUAAUAACCCAUUGAAUCAAACUUUAACUAAUAUACCAACUAGUACAACAACUACCACAACAACAACAGACGACGAUACCAAUAAUAACAAUAACAAUAAUAGUAAUAACAAUAAUAAUAAUAAUAACCAAAUUAAUUAUAUAUUAUUAUUAAAUAAUAAUAAUGCAAAGAGUAAUAAUUCAAAUAAUUUAAAUUCUUUACAAUCAAUUUUUGUUUCAAAAAUUUUUAAAAGUUGUUAUGAAGUUUUAAAAUUGUUUUGCAGAGAUAACAGUGAAAAUCAAAAAGUAUUAUUUACAGAAAUAGAAUUUUUAAUUGGUCAUUUGAUUAGAUACGGAAAUGUUUUUGGUACAGUCGAAACAUUAAUCGAAAUAUUUAAAAACAAUUUAGAAUUAUGUGUUCAAUUUGGUAGCUCUCCAUACUUAAAGAUUCUUGUCAAUUUUAUCAUCAAUUUGUCAAUAGAGCAGUUAGAUCCAUUAUUCCUUAGAUUGUUAUCAAUAUUGAUUUUACCAGGUAAUGAUAAUAGUGUAAUUGAAAAUCAAAUUGUUAUCACCAAUUUAUUCAAAGAGAACCAUUUAAAGAUUUCAAAGCUUUUAAUUCCAAUCAAUAUUGUCAAAGAUGUAAUGAAAGAUUCAAAGCUUUUAACAAAGUAUUACAAUGUCAAUUCGAGCAAUCAAUACAAGUUACAUUUAGCUCUAAAAGAACUUUUAAAUAAAACCUUAUUGGAAUAUUUAGAUGGAGCCAAUUCAACAAACCAAACUACAAAAAGCAAUAAUAACCAACAGUCUAACCAACAGUCCAACCAACAGUCCAACCAACAGUCUAACCAACAGUCUAGCCAACAGUCUAACCAACAGUCUAACCAACAGUCCAACCAACAGUCCAACCAACAAUCUAACCAACAGUCUAACCAACAGUCUAACCAACAGUCUAACCAACAGUCCAACCAACAGUCCAACCAACAAUCUAACCAACCAAAAUUAAUUAGAUCCGAAGCAAAAGCUCAAAUUUUAAAUUCAUCUGUAGAAACUUUACCCAAAGAAUUUGUCAUCAACUUGGAAUUAAUUUUAUUAUUAAAAUCUUGUUCACAUGGUAAAAAUACACCCACUGAAGUAAUUUGCAGAGAGUUCCUCACAAUGUCAGAAUGUUUUGAUGUAUUGGUGGUUAGAUCCGAUGGUAAUGGCAGAGAAAAUAGUUCAAUGAUGGUCCACGAAAGUACAAAUGAAUAUUUAGAAAAUAAUCUAUUAUUUAGAUUCAAGUCUGCUUAUUUAUCAUUCCUUCAUGAAGUUUUCUUUAAUUCAGAUACACUCAAAGGGGAUUUAUUGGCAUUACAACUAAAUCAAGAUUUAUGGAGUCUAAUUGAUCAGUUUACCAAUCAAUUAAACCAGUUGUACAUUUCAUAUAUUAAGAAUCAUUUAGGUCUAGUUUAUUUUAUUCAAAUGUCUAGAAACAUUAUAUUGCCAAUGCUAUCAAUUUUAGAACGUUUCUAUUCACAGUGUUUCUAUUUCGACAAAGCAACCCAAACUCAUCUACAGUACAGCGGUAGAUUGAUGGCCACACUUAUGAAGCUAUAUUGUGUAGAUCCAUCAAUAGCCAUACCAUUUACAUCACAAGCUACCUCAAGAUACCAAUCUGCUGCUAAUUUAUCAUUAAAUCAAAAUAAUGAUGAUUCUAUAAGUAUUGGUGGUUUACAUCCAAUAAUUCAAGAUUUAGAAAUUGAAGAGAAAAUUUCAAUUUUUUCAAAUUUAACCAAAUGUUUGAAGGCCAUGGAUCGUUCGGCAUUAUCACCUGUAACCUCGCCAAAUGUUUCAAUUUUAUCAAUCACCGAAGUUAUUGAUGGUUGUGAAAAAGUUAUUAAAAAUUUAGAAGGAAGCACCAAUCUAAAAUGGAACGGUCCAGCUAACAGAGUUAGAUCCGAAACCAUUGACUCUUCAUCAUCCACUUCGCCAUCAUCUUCGCCAAUUAUGAAAUCUAGUUAUAAAUUUUUAUCAAAUAACAACAGCCAACACUAUCAAGAGAAUAAUUUUGUCAAGUUAUCAAAGAUAAGAGGAUAUACAGAAAUUGCUCAAAUGAUUAACCAAUCGAUUCCAUUUACCCCACAUUUAAAAUCACGUAACAAUUCUCUUAAUUUCGAUUUUAUAAACCAAAAUCAAAUGAAUAAUUCAAAUAUUGCUAGCAGUAGUCGUGACAAUAGCUUUGGUAAUAGUUUAGGAGGUGCCAAUAACGGUUCAGGUACAACUAAAAAGAAUUUCUUUACUAUGAAGUUAAAUUUCCAACAACAGCAGCAACAAAUUAAUAUUAAUAAUCAACAAUCUAUAAACCAACAAUUUUUAAUUCAACAACAACAGCAACAGCAAUUACAACAACAAAUUAAUAUUAACAACCAACAAUCGAUUAACCACCAAAUACAACAACCCCACCAACUCCAGCAAGCUUCAUUCAAUGAUAAAUCUAUUAAUUAUUUAGAGAUUCUAGUUUUCCAAUUAAGAAAUUCAUUGUACGAUAAUGAUAAAAUGAAAUUAAAUUGUAUAAGAAUUUUACUAUCUCUAUUGUUUAUCAACAAAGAAAGAAAGAGAAUUAUUCAAAAUAUUAUGGCAGAUCUUUAUUGUCAUCCAGCAGUCAUUGGUCUUUUAUCAUCAAAUAAUACAGAAAUUUCAUUUGAAGCAUUGGCAUUGUUAUUAGCUUUGUUGGAUGAUAGUGUCUCCACCGAUAAUCCAACACCAAACUAUAAGGUCAAAGACGAUAUUCAAAGUCAUUUCUCAUCAUCACCAGAUAUUCAAUUCUUUAGAGAUAUUUUCAAUAUGGUAGAGCGUGCUAAAAUUAACUUAAAAGAUACCAAGAGAAAUAUUCAUCGUUUCGAAACAAAUAAAUUUGGUGGUGCUAAUAUUAGUGGCGCUAUUUCAUCCUCAACAAAGAACCGUUCAGUUGGUAUUAACAAUAAUAUCAAGAACCAUAAUGUUUUAGUAGAAUCAAACCCAUAUGCCACAGAGUUCCAAUUACUAUCAAAUAUCUUUAGAGUUUUACAAUUGUUAUGCCAAGGUGGUUCAUCAAAUAUUUUCAAAAAGAACAUUCGUUCUCAACCAGACAAUUAUAAAUCAUAUGAUAUCUUGAAAGAGUUAUGCCAAUUUUUAAAAAUCCUUGAAACAAUUGUAUCAAUUGAUAAAGAAUCUAUUGAAUUGGGUUUAAGAUUUUUCUCAUGUAUGAAAGAAAUUGUUAAAAAUACUCCAGAGAACCAAAUUGCAGUCACCAACGUUCAAGUAUGUAAAGCCGUAUGCAACAUCUUAAGGAAAGGAACUGAUCCAACCAAAGAAUUGAAAGAGUCCAAAUAUCUAGAUCUCAAGAUUGAAGUGGUCGAUUUCUUAUUACAUGUCAUUGACAAAGAGGAUCCAAGAGUUAUCAGUAAAUUAAUUCCAGAAUUGGAUUAUAGCGUUAUCGAGUUUAAUACUAAAUUAAUUUCACAACGUUCAAAUAAUGAAAUUAAUGAGAAAUCAAUUAAAUUGGCUUCAAUGUCUUUUAGAUUAAUUAAAAUUUUAGCAGAUAAUGACAAAUCCCAAAAUCGUAAAUUGGUAGAAUGUUUAUUAAAAUGUGGUGAACAUUGCAAAUCUAGAAUUGGUAGAGUAGAAUUAUUUUAUAAAGACAAGUUAGAGCGUAUUUAUUUCCCAAUUCCAAAUUAUUCAAGAAGAUUAAUUUUAGAAGAUAAAGAACAAUCAAAAAUCAAAUCUGAUGAAAAUUUAUUACAAGAAAACUUGGAAGAGCAUUUCAUUAAUAAUAAAAUUAGUUGGAAUAAAGCAACCGAGAAAUUAGAUGCAUUCAUUGAUUGGUCCGAAUAUAAACUAAUUGAAUUGGAACAUAUUCAUAAAUUAAAAUCAAAUUCUUUGUCAUAUUUAUUGGUAUCUCAUAGUGAUAAAUUUAAAUUUUUAUCAUUCUUUUUGGCUUUGGUAAUAAAUUUAUUAUUAAUUAUAUUUUCAAAAGGAAAUACAAGAUUAAACGAUUUCAAGGAUGAAUUUGGUACUACCGAAUGGUUUUCUGCAUUUUUACCAAUAGCAGUUUUACAAACUAUAUUUUGUAUAUUAUCUUGUAUUGGUUUCUUUUUAAGAAAAGGGCCUGUGCUCUUAUAUCAAAAUUGGGUUAGUUAUCUAAAAUAUCAUGGUCAUCAAAAAAAUUAUAUGUUUUUUACAAAUGAUAAAAGAAUGGAAUCGCUAAGACAAAUUUUUAAAUAUAAAUUUAUACUAUUAAAUAUUAAAUUUAUACUGGUAGAUUUAAAAUCACUUUAUAAUAUUUUAUCAGUAAUUUGUUCAAUAUUUGGUUUGGUAAUUAGUCCAUACUUUUUCGCUUUCCAUAUCUUCCAAUUCAGUUUAAAUACAAAAGCCUUGUCGUUGGUUAUUAAAGCAAUUACAUUAAACAAAAAGUCGUUAAUUGUAAUGGGUAUAUUUAUUUUACAGGCCACAUAUUUAUUAUCAAUUUUUUCAUUUGUUUAUUUCCAAGAUAAAUAUAGAAUUGGAGUAUCAGAUACCGACAAAGAAGUAUUCAUUUGUGAUACAUUAUUACAAUGUUUCAUCAGUAAUCUUUACUAUGGUGUACCAUCCAGUGGUCAAUUAAUUCAAUUUUUAAAAUUCGAUCCACCAUAUAUUCCACCAACCAAAGACGACGCCUCUACUUCAAUUGGUUCCGAAUCGGGUCCAACUGGUACAUAUUCCCCAUCUGAUAUGUCACAAUCCAAUGGCGAUACUUUAUUCUCUACAAAUGCCCAAUCUGCUAGAGUUAUAGGCUGGACCGUUUACAACAUUGUAUUUUACGUAAUUGUAACAUUAAUUCUUUUAAAUGUAAUUCUAGGUAUUAUUGUCGAUACAUUUGGUCAAUUGCGUGAUCAAAGAGCCGAAACAGAAGAAUAUAAAAACAAUGUUUGCUUUAUUUGUUCUAUUGAAAGAGAGUAUUUCCAAAAGAAGUCAAUCGAUUUUAGCAAGCAUAUAGAAGAUGAUCACAAUAAAUGGCAUUAUUUAUACUUUUUCGCUUAUCUUAAGGAACGUAUUACAAACAACCAAUUAAACCAACUAAGUGAAAUGGAAUAUAGUGUUGCUGAAGGUAUUACCAACCGUAGUUAUAUAUCUUAUUUCCCCGAUGAGAUGGCAAUGUCUUUACAAGGUAUAGAAAAUGAAAGAAAAAAAUCAGAUCCAGUGGACCAAUUUUCAAAAUCGUUUGAUGAUGUUGAAAAACGUAUCACCUUAAAUGUUUCAAAUCAAUUUAAUCAAUCAAUAGCUUUAUUAAUAGACGAAAUUAAAAAUUUAAGACAACAAGUUUCAGAUUUAAAACAACAAUAAUAGUGAUAAUAAAUUUCACAUAUAAAUAAAAAAAACUUUAUAUUUAUU